AUGCUGAAGGAACUGGCUGUCAGCCUAUUGCUGGUCACUACGGUAGUCUCAUAUUCGGUCAGAUCGGAAGGAGUCGAGCAUCACGAACUGCUGCCAUUGAAUCUUCUCAAUAAUGAUGAUCCAAUUGAAGAUGAAGAAUCGAUCUCGCAUCCAAUCAUUUUAAACGACGAGAUUCGGGAAAAACGCCAAAUUAAAAAAGACGAGAACAAAUUAUGGACAAACGGAAUUCUCAACUAUUAUUUCAGCGAUUCGCUAUUAGAAUAUGAUAAAGAAAUGAUCAAAAAAGCAAUGAAAUUUAUAAGCGAAAAUACGUGUAUUGAAUUCAAAGAAAAUCGCGAUGCCGAGUUUUCGGUAAAUAUGGAGCACGGUAGUUGUCUGUCAACCGUCGGAAUGACCAGUGAUGAGCAAUAUUUGAGCUACGGCGAAUAUUGUGAAGGGUUCGGCUCCGCUGUUCACGAAUUGAUGCAUUCGCUCGGAAUUCAUCACACAAUGGCUCGAUAUGAUCGAGAUGAUUAUGUUAGAAUUAAUACGGAUUCCUAUGAUUUUAAUAUAAAAAGCAAGAAGGAGACGUACAAUGCAGUCCCCUAUGAAUAUGAGAGCACAAUGCAUUAUUCUUAUGGAAACGGAAAAAUCGAUCCAAAAGAUGAGUCGUACAAAGUGGGGAUGGGACAUCGAAUGCCGACAUUUUACGAUGUGCAAAUGAUCAACGACGCCUACAACUGUUUCUGUGAACCCAAAAGGGAAGGUUGUGCGAAUGGGGGAUAUCUGAAUCCGAACGACUGCAAAACGUGCAUCUGCCCUAUUGGAUUCGGCGGACCGCAUUGUGAUCAACUUCCUGAAAAUGGUAUAUUGUUAGAAGCAACAGAUCAGGAGCAAAAGUGGGAAGGAAGUUGGGGUCCGGGGACUGAUGACCUUCAACCAGAAUUUAGUUUCAAAGUACUACACAUCAAGGCGCCGAAUGACACGACAAUUGAAGUAUAUAUUAACAAAUUGGAAAAUGCCGACUGCAAUUAUACUUGUCGAAAAAACGGUAUAGAAGUCAAAUAUCUCGCUGAUCCGAGAAUUUCAAAUCCAUUUCUUUGCUGUUUGCACCAACUAUACGUUCCGUUCAAAUCAAAAUUGAAUCCCACCCCAAUCGUUUUGUUCUCUCGUUACCAGACGCAAAACGUAUCGAUUUCGUAUCAGUACACUCGAGUUCCGAAUGUUGGAAUUGAAUCUGAAACAAAUGGAUUUGACUCUUAUGAAUACAAAAUUUGA